AAAGCAAUCCCGAGGUGAAGGGUCCGCCUCUUGCUUCCUUCUUAUUCACACCCCAACCCCCAAACUCUUUCUUGCCUCAUCUCCUCUCUUUCUUCUCUCUCUCUCUCUAGAUUUUGCUCAUGAACUUGUCUUAAAAUUCUCAUUCUCAUCAAACUAAACAAAGAAAACAAAACACAACAUGGGUCUCACUUCUCUUCAAGUUUGCAUGGAUUCUGACUGGCUCCAGGAAGCUGAGUCAUCAGGAGGAAGCAUGUUAGACUCUACAACAACUUCUCCAACAGCAGCCGAGAUACUAGCUGCUUGCAGCACUAGACCACAAGCCUCGGCCAUGGCUGUAGCCGCGGCUGCUCUGAUGGACGGUGGAAGGAGGCUGCGUCCACCUCACGACCAUCCACAGAAGUGUCCUCGUUGCGAGUCAGCGCAUACUAAGUUUUGUUACUACAAUAACUACAGCCUCUCUCAGCCUCGUUACUUCUGUAAAACAUGUCGCCGUUACUGGACCAAAGGCGGCACUCUAAGGAAUAUUCCCGUCGGUGGUGGCUGCCGGAAAAACAAGAAACCCUCUUCCUCUAAUUCCUCAUCCUCCACUUCUUCCGGGAAAAAGCCGUCCAACAUUGUCACCACUAAUACCAAUGACCUUAUGGCGUUAGUACAUUCUCAUCAGAAUUACCAAAAUGCAUCUUUGGGGUUCUCACAUUUUGGUGGGAAUGGGGUGAUGGGGUCUUACACAGCUCUCGGUCAUAGUAACGUUGGUUUCUUGGAGAGCAAGUAUGGCGGUUUGCUUUCACCAAGCCCUAGACCUAUUGAAUUUUUGGACAGUAAGUUUGAUCUCGUGGGAGUGAACAAUGACAAUCUGGUCAUGGUUGAUCAUGGAAGUAACGGUGAUCGUCAUCAUCAUCAAAUGGGUAUGAAUCACGGAUUAGGUCUUAACAACAAUAACAAUGAUGGGUUUCAGGGGAUUUCUCCGGCAAGCAACGGAAAUGCUGGUGGUGGUCUGAUGGAUUUAUCUAUAAGCCAGAGACUUAUGCUAGCUAAUUAUGACCAUCAUCAUUAUAAUCAUCAUGAAGAUAAUCAAAGAGUAACGUCAAUAAUGGAUGUGAAACCAACUCCAAAGCUGUUAUCUCUUGAUUGGCAACAAGGUCAAGGCUACACAGAUGGUAGCGGCAACGGAGGCGGUGGAAGAUCUGACGGAGGUGCAUACGGCGGUAGCGGUUAUAUCAACGGCUUAGGUUCGACGUGGAAUGGUUUGAUGAAUGGCUAUGGAUCCUCUACUAAAACUAACUCCAUGGUUUAAUAAUUAAUAUCAGAACUUUAUUUAUUGUCGUUAUCAACCGGUAGUAAAGAAGCAAUUAUAUUAGUAUACUAGAUUUUGACCCGCGCUUUUGAAGCGCGGGAUAUUUUACGAUGAAAAAUUUCACUAAUAAUUUAACAAAUAUUUUGGUUAUUUUUAAAGAGUGUGUAUUUAAAAUAUUUUUGCAUUUAAAUCAGUAUUUUUAAAUUCAACCUGAUUGUGAUUAUACUGGUUAAUCCGGAGAUCUGACAAUUCAAUUUAUGUUUUUAAAAUAUUCAUAUUAAAAAAUCACUAAAACCCGAGACUAACCGAUUGAACUGAUGGAUGACCGAUAUGUAAUCUAAUUGGAUUUAAAUUGUAAUAGUUUCAUAAUUUGUAAUCUUAUAAUCGAAAUUUUAAAGUUCACUAUUUUGCAAUUUAUGAAAUUAUGACGUUUCUACAAAAUUUUAAAGAGAAAAUGAUAGAUAUAAAAUAACUAAGAUUAAUUAUUGUAUUAUUUAGAAAAAUUGAUAGUAGUAUAAAAAAUAUAUUGUUUGGAAACAUUGAUAGUAGUAUAAAGAAAUAAGUAUAUUGUUUGGAAACAUGAAUAGUAGUAUAAAGAAAGGAACAUUAGUGACUUAAUGUAUGUUUAACUAUAAAAUAUAAAAGUGUAUAUAAUUUAAAAACUUACAAAAUAAAUGUUAGGUCCAACAGAAUGUUUCUGUUUUAAUAAGAUAGAUGGGUUUGUUUAAUUAGCCAGUUUUAUGUGUGUUCGUAUGGUUGAGAACCAAUACGGUGAUGUGUAAUGUUUCUUGAUACAAUUAGCGUCCAGUCUAUAUUU